AUGUGUAAGACCGUCUUGGGUGGAUGGAGCAUUGGGGAUAAUCCGGCGCACGACCACAAACUCCUGUGCGAAGAAUGCCCGUACGCUGCAAUGGUUGAGGAUGGAGACUAUUACGUACCCUCCAUGACUAAUUACCGUGAUCGUUUUGCUACGUUCGCCGAAUGGCCGGAAAGUUAUUCACAGACUCCUAAGCAGAUGGCUUUGGCGGGAUUCUAUUAUCUGGGUAUCACGGAUCGGGUGCAGUGCUUCUGUUGUGGAAAGAAGCUGGAAAAAUGGAAGCCGCAGGAGGAUGCUUGGACUGAACACGCAAAGUGGAACCCGACAUGCAGAUUUUUGAUUGAGCAGAAAGGUCAAGCCUUCAUCAACGACGUUCAACGGUUCUACCGCCUGGACCUGAGUAUGAUAGUAUUCGGAACGGAAGACGACGAGCACGAGGAAUUCAUUGUGGCGAGUGCGCUGCAGCAAGGGCACUCGUACAUGCACAUUAUCCAAGCACUGCAGGCCAGGAAUAAACCACCGGGUAAGCGCUUCAACUCUGUCGCAGAAUUGGUACAAGCGGUUAAAGAUAUCCAAAAUCGAGAGACGGGUAAUGCUCCUGAUGACGAAUCGCAGAUGGAUCAUGAAUAUGCGGAUUUACUUAAAACGGAAUUGUGCCAGCCUGCCAAAAUGUCCGAGCGCGUUAAAGCCUUAGCACCACUUGUAAUAACGCUGCAGAGUUUAAAACCCAAACAGCGUAAGGUUUUGAUGGGUUACUUAUCCAAGUCCCAGUUAAAAGCCAUGGAGGAAGUGGCUGUUAACAUUGUCAAGAAUACUGUGGAAUUGUCGCCAGCCCAUUUGGACAAGUGUAAACGCCAUCGUAAAGCAUUAAAGCUGAUCGCGUUACGACGAUAUCCGCUAAAAGAAAAACGUAAAAUUCUUCAACGUGGUGGUUUCAUUGGAGCUAUUUUGCCUGUCAUUGCCGGUGUGUUAACAUCGCUAAUUGGUAAUGGAUGA